AUGUCUCACCUCAAAAAGAAGAUAAAGGAUAAGUUCGAGGCAGAGAAUGAAAAGAAGGAACUAGCAGCAGCAGCUGCAGCAGCGGCUGCAGAGGAGAAAGGGUCAAAGUCAAAGAGCAGUCGUCAUCACAAGAAAGACUCCCGCAAGGAAAAGGAAAGGGAAAAGGAAGAGGAACAAGAAGAGGAAGAUGUUGUUGAAGAGGAGACUGAAAAGAAACAUCACAAAAAGAAACAUCAUUCAAGCAAACAAAAGAAGAGCAAAAAACAACAACAACAAGAAGAGAGUGACCAAGAAGAGGAAGAAGAGGAAAAAGAAAAGGAAAAGAAACACAAACAUAAAAAGAGAAAAGGAAAGUCGUCAUCCUCCUCUAAACAUGCCGCUGCUACAAGUGAUAAUGAAGAGGAACAACAAGUGGUAGAAGAGGCAGAAGAAGAGGAAGAGGAAAAGGAAAAGAAACACAAGAAACAUCAUCACAAAAAGAAGAGAAAACAAGUCGUUGAAAGUGAAGAUGAUAGUGGAGGAGAGACUGAAAAGGAACGUAUCCGUGCUGAGAAGGAAAGGGAAAAGUUACUUGAACUCGAAGACAUGGAAAGAGAGGAAAAAGAAAGAGAACGUGAACGUGAAAGAAUGGAAAGAGAAGAAAGAGAAAGAAAGGAAAAAGAAAAAGAUAAAGAUAGAGAAAGAGAUAGAGAUAGAGAUAAUAGAGAAAGGGAGAGAGAAAGAGAAAGAGAUAAUAGAGAUAAUAGAGAUAAUAGAGAAAAUAGAGAUAAUAGAGAUAAUAGAGAUAUAGUCAAUAAUAAUAAUGGUAAUAAGAAUAAUAAUAGAUCAUCUGAAAAACAAAUAAUGGAUGAUGAUCCAUUUGCAUCAGAUGAGGAUAUUAUUAAACCAGACGAAUAUGAAGAGGAAGAGGAAGAGGAAAAGAUCAAAAAUAUCAAUAGACGAGAGAUCAUUCCAAGUUCUGAAAACUUCUUCAAGUCUUAUCGUUCGACAAGUGUCAGUUCACCGUCGACCAAGAGUAAAUUUGGAGAAAAGAUAUUGAGCAAGCAGAUUGAAAUUAUAGAACCAUACUUUCCACCUCCACCUCCAAGAAUAUAUCAACCUCAGGGAGCAUAUGAUCCAUACCAUAAUUCGGCUCCAUAUGAUCCAUACACCAACAACAAUGGUCAUCCACCCGUUGACCCCUAUCAUAGCAACGGUGGUCAUCACCCUUAUGAUAAUAAUAGUAAUUAUUCACCUCGACACUCUCAAAAUGGAUCUCAUAAUAGUAAUAAUAAUAGUAAUAAUAGUAAUAAUAAUAGUACCCAUCCAUCAUCACCACCACCACCUUCUUUACCAACCGCUGUCCCAUCCUCAUCAUCAUCAUCAUCAUCAACAUCUACAACUGCAUCAGCUGCUACUGCGGCAACAUCAUCAACCACAACAUCAGCAUUGGAUUAUUUUAAUAGUGUAAAUACAGAAUGGGGAUCAUUAAUCCCAUCAACUAAUACUGCUUCUACCUCGACGACGACGACAACGACCACAUCUACCAUUCAACAACAAGAUGGAUCACCUUUGGAAAAACGAAAAGAGAAAUCACGUUCACAUAAACACCGUUCAUCGGCAAAACAAAAGGAACACGAUGAAAAGAGGAAAAAGAUGUUUACAAAGGAGAUAUCAAAGGUUGUGAUUACAAAGAUGAACAAAUAUUACAAGGACAAAAAGAUUUCCAACAAGGACGACUUUAAAUAUUUGGCAAACAAAUUCACAUUGUUGGCUGUUGAAAAAGAUCAUGGAUCCUACAAGAUUGACAAUGACACUCCAAGAAAAAUUGAAAAGCUUUUGGAAUCCUACUUCCAAAACAAAACUGUAUAUGAAAGAAAGCAAAAGAAAGGUGAUAAGAGUGGUAAAAAGGAAGAUGAAGAGUACAAUCCAUCAAGUGUACUCGAAGACGACAAUGAUUUUGAUAUUGAAAUGUCACCACUACCACCAACUAUUGAUGGUCUUUUGAAAUUUAAUGUGUCAACACCAACUACCACCACUGCCACCACCACUACUACUGUCGUUAUUGAUGUUACCGCCUCUCAACAGCAACAACAACAAGAAGUGAAACAACAACAACAACAAACCUCCAUUUUCAAUAGUGAUAUUACCAAUGAGACUGACAUGGAUAAUUUCAUUCCUGGGGACAUUAGCAAAAUGGAUAUUGAUGCAAUCUUUCCAGAUUCAACAUCAUCAAUUAUAGCAGAGGUAUCCAAUACCACAACAUCCACCACUACCACAGAGUGA